AUGUUGGAUACUAUGGGCCCAGAGCAGAAAUGCAUAUAUCUACACCAUGCGCGACACCAUAUUCGAGAGACCGUGCAAAGUUUAUCGGUACAUCUGCCCCCUGGCAAAGGUCUCCAUGUCAACCGCCAGGGAUUUGUCACCUCAAUAGACAUUGACACUCUCCCAGCCGAGGCACUGCGGCUGCGGCUGCCGCUGCCCGAAGCAAUGUUUGCCGAAGAAGACAGAGAGCAACGCGUGAAGGAGAAGCAGAGAGCUACUGACGAAGAACAGCGUCUCUGGGGCCUCUUGGACAAUAUCAAGAACUGCGCAGAGGUAGACUGGUUAAUGGCCCUGUCCAUGGCAGAAAUUAUCUCUAUUGUGCAAGGCGUGGCAGGACUAAGAGGCCCAACAUGA